AUGGUUUCACUAACAUUUUUCAUUUUUAUACCAUUCUGUCGCAUACCAACAAUUCUAGGUAAAAAAGUAUUAUCGGAUCCAGCUGAUAGUUCUUUAUUUAUUUGUACCUUUCGUAUGUCAUCUCUAUUAGAAAGACUAGAACAAAUACAAGCAUGGAUUAACAUGCUUGGUCCAUGCAUUGUACACUUUCUGUCGAAUAUACUAACCUGUAUCAGUAUUGUUCGACGAAAAGUAUCAUUGUCUCAUUAUGCUAAUAGUCAUUUAACUUAUCGCCAAGCAUGGUUGCAACAAAUUUCAUUACAUCGUGAUUAUUUUAUUUCUCCAUUAGUUAUUUUAUUGUGUCAAUUACCACAUUUAAUAUUUUUUGCUAUAACGAAUACUAUAUUUCCCUGUUUAGAAGUUAAACUGGGUGUCUAUUCACAUUUACAUAUUCUAUCAGCUUUACUUAUUAAUAUACCUCAAAUAUUAACAUUUAUUAUAUUUAUUUAUCCGUCAAAAUUGUAUAUGAGGGAAUUUUAUUCUUCAGCAAUAAUCGAAUAUGUAGUUAAGAAGUUAAAACAACAAAGUUGA